ACAAGCGGCAGAGAGGCUCGUACACCGAGAGAGAACGGUGGACUCCAUUGCUGUUCGGAGUGCGUUUCUCGUCGGCCGUGUCGUAUUGCGUGUCUGUCCGCGCUUUCGUGCACACAAGUUUUACUUUCCACGUUGGCCCAGAGAGAGAUUGUGAAUAGUAUCCUUUGUGUUCAGUGCCUAAACCGAUAUUUCAAAUCGUCGAGCGUACUGAGAUAUAAAAGAACCGAGCCAAAAUGGCUGAUCAACUCACAGAGGAGCAAAUUGCAGAAUUUAAGGAAGCAUUUUCGCUAUUUGAUAAGGAUGGGGAUGGUACUAUCACAACCAAAGAGUUGGGUACAGUUAUGCGAUCGCUAGGACAAAAUCCUACAGAAGCUGAGCUUCAGGAUAUGAUCAAUGAAGUGGAUGCAGAUGGUAAUGGCACAAUCGAUUUUCCGGAGUUCUUAACCAUGAUGGCUCGCAAAAUGAAGGAUACUGACAGUGAGGAGGAAAUUAGGGAGGCCUUCAGAGUAUUUGAUAAGGAUGGAAAUGGUUUCAUAUCUGCAGCGGAACUCAGACAUGUUAUGACAAAUCUUGGCGAGAAACUCACUGAUGAGGAAGUUGAUGAAAUGAUUCGGGAGGCUGACAUUGAUGGUGAUGGCCAAGUUAAUUAUGAAGAAUUCGUCACAAUGAUGACAUCAAAGUGAAUGCAACCUGUGUAAUGGAAAAACUUGCAACUUGGAGUGGUGUUGACGUAUUAAAAUAAAUCAAGAAACAAAGAAAAAUAUAAUGUUAACAAAAACGAAUCGACCAGAAAGUGAAAAAAAUCUUGUAUCUGGACGCAAAGAUGUCUUUAAAACGCGAAAAGUCAACGUCCAACACGCGUUAAUCAUCAUUAACGAUAAGUAAUACAGGGCAAUUGUUUAAUUAAAGAGUUAUACCACUAAAAAUCAUUAUCUCUAAAUACACAAAAUACUUAACUACACGCAACAUAAACAUAAAAAUACAUAUUACACACACACAUAAACGAAUACAAAAAAUAUGCAGUACACACAUAAACACAUCUAUACAUAAAAGAUGAUUUAUUUCCGUAUAAAAAAUAUAAUUAUAUAUAUAUAUAAAAAUGUUAGAUAUAUAUAUGUAUAAAAAAACAGACGCGCAUGUUUGUUGAUGAUAAAAGUAAAUAGUGUUUCCCUACUUUCCUCUCUUUUUGGCCUUUUCCUAUUUCUUCUCUGCACGUAUCUUUGAAGACUUUCACAUGCAAGUUUUCCUUGUAAAUUCUACUUUUCAAUGUAUUGAAAAAAAGAUUAUUAAUCAGUAGACAGAAGAGAGGAAAAGUAUUAAAAGAAGGGAAAAAUCUAAGGCUAUUAUUGCGCAUUGUGUAGGUUCGUUUAUUGAUCGAGAUAAGUUGGAAAUUUAUUCUACUUGUUUCUCGAUCAAGAAGAACGUGCUUGUGUCAUCGAUACAGCAUUUGUUGUAGCGAAAAGUUUUAUCAGUAACGUACAUGUUAAGCGUUUGUUUUA